AUGAGUUUAACAAGUAUUGUCUGUAAACAGAAAGAUAAGAAUAUAAAUGAACUAAUCAUAAUGGCUUUGAAUCUGAUAAUUUUUGCUUUUCUUUACUGCAAUUUCUUCUGA